AUGCUAUACUUCAAAAUACUCUCAUUAUUAAUUUCUUCCAACUUUAUUUAUGCAAGACAUGCUUCUUUGCAUCCGGUUCUGGUUGCGCGUUCAUCUUUGGACUGGAUGCCCAGUCGAGUGAACUCAUUGUAUUCGGAUGUUGGGGCAUGGAGUGGCAAAUUUAGGCCUGUAAUGGACGAAAUAGAAUCAGACGAAGCAUUAAGAUUCUACCAAUUUCUUAAUUAUCUAGAUGGGGGAAGUUUUGGAACUGGUCCAUUAGAUGAAUUUGUCGAGGCCAUGAAUCGCUUAAACACAUAUAUGAAACAGCAAAACAGUAGAGAAACACAAGUUAGAGGAAUGCGCGAGUUGGAAGCUAUUAACGGAGAGAAAGGUAACAGUAUUAAGACUGUUCUCGAAGUGAGCACAGUAAUUAUGCGAAAAAAACGCAAGUUCUUCUGUACCGGUGAAGUUAAAGAACCAAUUGUUAAUAACAAAAUUAUUUGUAAGGAUAGAAUUUUACUACCUAUAGCUGGAACAUCUUGUAGAGAUGCAAUAAUGUACUGGCAUCCUGGAUUAACAGAAGAGCAUUAUUGUGUAGGCGCUCUAGAAUCCAAGAGUCCGGUCCAUAUAAUGGAUAUUGAAGGGGAAAUGUUUUGCAAAGGCGACGACUACUCAAAGCGAGAAUAUUUAUUGGCUUGUGAUUUUUAUGAAGAUCAAGAAGCUCCGGUUGCCGAUUUACUUCAAUAUUAUCCUGAUCCAGAUCCUGAAAUUUCACCUAAAUUGUUUUAA